ACACUGGAACAGGUAGACGAACUGGGAGGAAGCUGUCCCUAUAAAAGCUCCCUGGAGUCCUAAGCGGAACCAGACUUCCACAGCCGCGAGAAGAGGAAGAAGACUCCCGAGGAUACAAAGCACUCCAAGAUGAUUGGUCUUCGUACACAGGUUGCUCUGCUGGUGGCACUCAUGGCUCUGUUCUUCUGCGUCUCCGCCGACCCUAACGGAGGAGGCAGACACGGUUUUGGAGGCGGUUUCGGUGGUUUCGGAGGAGGUGGUUUCGGAGGUCACGGCGGUUUUGGAGGUGGGGGAUUCGGCCACAGACCAUUUGGUGGAGGAUUUGGAGGAGGUUUCGGACACAGACCAUUUGGUGGAGGAUUUGGAGGAGGCUUCGGACACAGGCCUUACGGAUACGGAAGAUAGAAAGAAGCCUUCCCUUCAAACCGACAACGCAGAAUGUUUGUGGCAGCGAAGAAGAAAACGAGACCUGGAACGCUGGAAUUGGAUCGUUUGUUUGGAAGCUCUCCAGCGAAAGAUUCCAAAUCGGUCUUUUGGGACUGUGGUCUUGCAGUUUAUGUCAUGACAAUAUUUCUGUAAUGAAAAUUUGCUCGUGAA